GGCGGGAUGGAGGCUGUGGGACCGGCUCGCGGCUGCGGGUCUCGGUGAAGCGGGGAGGGAGCCGGAGUCGCAGCCGGAGGGGGGAGCCGGGCCGAGCGGGAGAGGCAGGCGGCGCGGCCAUGGCCACGAUGGUGCUUCCGCGGGAGGAGAAGCUGAGCCAGGACGACAUCGUGCUGGGCACCAAAGCCGUCAUCCAGGGGCUGGAGACCCUGCGCGGGGAGCAUCGUGCUCUACUCGCGCCCCUGGUCGCCCACGAGGCCGGUGAGACCGAGCCUGGCUCGCAGGAGCGCUGCGUCUUCCUGCGUCGCUCUCUAGAAGCCAUAGAGCUGGGACUCGGGGAGGCCCAGGUGAUCCUGGCGCUGUCGAACCACCUGGGGGCGGUGGAGUCGGAGAAGCAGAAGCUGCGGGCGCAGGUGCGGCGCCUGGUGCAGGAGAACCAGUGGCUGCGCGAGGAGCUGGCGGGGACGCAGCAGAAGCUGCAGCGCAGCGAGCAGGCCGUGGCCCAGCUGGAGGAGGAGAAGCAGCACCUGCUGUUCAUGAGCCAGAUGCGCAAGCUGGACGAGGACGCCUCCCCCAGCGAGGAGAAGGCGGACGUCCCCAAAGACUCCCUGGACGACCUGUUUCCCAGUGAGGAUGAGCAGAACCCAGCCCCCAGCCCUGGCGGAGGGGACGUGGCCGCCCAGCACGGAGGGUACGAGAUCCCUGCACGGCUGCGCACCCUGCACAACCUGGUGAUCCAGUACGCCUCGCAGGGCCGCUACGAGGUGGCCGUGCCACUCUGCAAGCAGGCGCUCGAGGACUUGGAGAAGACGUCGGGCCACGACCAUCCUGACGUGGCCACCAUGCUGAACAUCCUGGCACUGGUGUAUCGGGAUCAGAACAAGUACAAGGAGGCUGCCCACCUGCUCAACGACGCCCUGGCCAUCCGGGAGAAGACGCUGGGCAAGGACCACCCAGCUGUGGCCGCAACGCUCAACAACCUGGCGGUUCUGUACGGCAAACGGGGCAAGUUCAAGGAGGCCGAGCCGCUGUGCAAGCGGGCGCUGGAGAUCCGGGAGAAGGUCCUGGGCAAGUUCCACCCCGAUGUGGCCAAGCAGCUGAGCAACCUAGCCCUGCUGUGCCAGAACCAGGGCAAGGCGGAGGAGGUGGAGUUCUACUACCGGCGGGCCCUGGAGAUCUACGCUGCCCGCCUUGGGCCAGACGACCCCAAUGUGGCGAAGACCAAGAACAACUUGGCUUCCUGCUACCUGAAACAGGGCAAGUACCAAGACGCCGAGACCCUGUAUAAGGAGAUCCUCACACGCGCACACGAGAGGGAGUUCGGCUCCGUGAACGGGGACAAUAAGCCCAUCUGGAUGCACGCAGAGGAACGGGAGGAGAGUAAGGAUAAACGCCGGGACAGCACCCCCUAUGGGGAAUACGGCAGCUGGUACAAGGCCUGCAAAGUAGACAGCCCCACAGUCAACACGACCCUACGCAGCUUGGGGGCCCUAUACCGGCGCCAGGGCAAGCUGGAAGCCGCGCACACGCUGGAAGACUGUGCCAGCCGCAGCCGCAAGCAGGGCCUGGACCCUGCCAGUCAGACUAAAGUGGUGGAGCUGCUCAAAGAUAACAGUGGGAGGCGCGGAGGCCGCAGCAGCAGCCGCAGCCGAGAGGUGGCUGGGGGGGCCGGGCUUCGCGCCGAGCCUGACCCGGAAGACGGGGGGCCCGCACCCGAGUGGAGCGGGGAUGGCAGCGGCUCGUUGCGACGCAGCGGCUCCUUCGGGAAGCUGCGGGACGCCCUGAGGCGCAGCAGUGAGAUGCUGGUGAAGAAGCUGCAGGGAGGUGGCCCCCAGGAGCCCCCUAAUCCCAGGAUGAAGCGGGCCAGCUCCCUCAACUUCCUCAACAAGAGUACGGAGGAGCCAGUCCAGCCUGGAGGAGCCGGCCUCUCUGACAGUCGCACCCUGAGCUCCAGCUCCACGGACCUCUCCCGGAGAAGCUCCCUGGUGGGCUAA